AUGUCUUUAAUAAAAUUGAUAUCUUUUUCAGGUAAUAUUGAAGAUCAACUUUCUGCUCUCCAUUAAAUUAAAGGCAAGAAGGAAUUACUAUGAAUAGCUACCAAUGUACUCAAGUAUCUGGAAGAAAUUCACGUGACUUUUUGAUUCUUCAUUAAAGGCCGAAAGAAGAAGAUCUAUUUUGAUAAAUGAGUAUAUUGAAUGAAAAGCUCUCACAGCUGAUCAUUGAAGAAGCAAAAGAAGAUGAGAAAGAACCAAAAGCUCCUGAAAUAAUAAGUUCAAAGAAAAUCAAAGAAAUAGAUAUGAUUGAAUUAGAAGCAUACAUUGGGGUGAUAAUUACGAUGGGAAUUAAUAGGAAACCAAAUUAUCAUAUGCAUUGGAAUACUCAUGGGUUAUGAGAGAGUAGUCUUAUAUCAAAGGCCUUAGGACUCAAAAGAUUUAUAAAUAUUGGAAGCAAUUUUCAUCUUUCUGAUCCUUUCUACUCAUCAAACUCACAAGAUAAACUAGAAAAAUUGAAUCCACUAAUGAGUCAAAUCGAAGCAAAAUCUCAACAAUAUUAUCAUCUAGGGCAAAGCAUAGCAAUUGACGAAUCUAUGAUUGCUUUCAAAGGAAGAAAUUCCAUGAAGCAGUAUCUUCCAAUGAAACCAACUAAAUGAGGAUUCAAAAAUUUUGUCUUACCCCCCCCCCCCCCUCCGUGAGCGAACAAAAAAAUUUUGUUCGCUCACGGAGGGGGUUAAUUUUUUUUUUUAAAAAAAAAAAUUUAUAUAUAAAUUUUAUAAAAAAUAUUUUUUUCGAAAUUUAAAAAAAUCCUAAUUUGCAAAAAUUGGGAAGCAAAUAUUAAUUUAAUUUGCAAAAUUUAUGUUUUAAAACGCAAUUUGUUUAAAAUUAAACAGAAUUAGCUCUAGAUUUCAUUAUACUAAUUAUCACUUAUAUAUCAAAAUUUUUUUCCAUUAAAAUUUUUUCUAUUAAAAAAAUUUUUGUUCACUCACGGAGGGGUGGGUUUUUGGUCAAAAAAAUGGCGAUUUUUCUAAUGGUUUUGUGUUCGCUCACGGAGGGGGGGGGGGGGGAGUUAGCAGAUUCAAGCAACGGUUAUGUUUAUAGAUUCAUUAUUUACCCAGGAAAAACGAAUCUUCUGAAUUCUCUCCUGAUAACGUUUGCUUGAGGCUUUUGCAAGGACUAG